UGCGAUGCAUAUUUAAGCGCAACUCAUCGUCGCAAUCAGUCUGAGCCGCAUACAACAAAGUGGACCGAACAGGGAAUCCUCUUGCAGAAGUUCCACAGAAAAGAUCGCGAAAACCCACGGCAAUAACAAUUCGGUGUAUUUGGAUUAGUUCGUUCGUCACAACGAUUUUCUCCAAGUAGCACGAAGAUGUUAUCAGCCGGGCCAAGCCAUGCAGCCUACACAUGGGCAGCCCAAGGAGGAGGCGGCGGAUUUGGUAACCAGACGGUGGUGGACAAGGUGCCACCGGAGAUGCUGCAUAUGGUCGACUCCCAUUGGUACCAAUUCCCACCGAUGAAUCCGCUGUGGCACGGGCUGCUCGGUUUCGUAAUCGGCGUCCUCGGUGUAAUAUCCAUCAUUGGUAACGGCAUGGUUAUAUAUAUAUUUACCACUACCAAGAGCUUGCGUACUCCGAGCAACCUGCUCGUCGUCAAUCUCGCCAUUUCCGACUUCCUCAUGAUGGUGGCCAUGUCACCGGCUAUGGUGAUCAAUUGCUAUUACGAGACGUGGGUAUUAGGACCCUUCUUCUGUGAAAUGUACGGAUUGGCGGGCUCCCUGUUCGGAUGUGGCUCCAUUUGGACGAUGACGAUGAUCGCAUUCGACAGGUACAACGUAAUAGUCAAAGGCUUGUCCGCUAAGCCAAUGUCUGUCAACGGCGCCCUCCUUCGCAUAUUUGCUCUUUGGUUCUUUGCGUUGGCCUGGACGUUAGCCCCGUUGUUCGGCUGGAACCGCUACGUGCCCGAAGGUAAUAUGACCGCCUGCGGCACCGACUACCUGAACAAAGACAUGUUAUCCAGAUCGUACAUCCUGAUAUACAGCAUCUUUGUCUACUUUUUACCGCUGUUCCUCAUCAUCUACAGCUACUUCUUCAUCAUCCAGGCCGUCGCCGCUCAUGAGAAGAACAUGCGCGAGCAAGCGAAAAAGAUGAACGUCGCGUCUUUACGAUCGGCCGAGAACCAAAACACCAGCGCCGAAUGCAAACUGGCGAAGGUAGCUCUUAUGACCAUCUCUCUGUGGUUCAUGGCGUGGACUCCAUAUCUGGUCAUCAAUUACGCGGGCAUCUUCGAGACGACGAAAAUCAGCCCGCUCUUCACGAUCUGGGGCUCACUCUUCGCGAAAGCCAACGCCGUAUACAAUCCAAUCGUAUACGGUAUCAGCCAUCCCAAGUACCGGGCCGCUCUUUUCCAGAGGUUCCCGUCUCUGGCGUGUACCUCCGAAACGGCGCCCGGUGCGGACGCGACGUCUACGACCACCACGGUCACGGAGGGCGAAAAGUCUGCCGCAUAAAGCUACGAUGCAUUACGUACAUCUGUUUCUCAACGAUACAAUAAACUCGUUAGAUAAACGCCACCGUGACAUGUAGUAUCACAUUCUCGUCACAAAAGGAGAAUCACGGCAGUUGUAAAUAGUAUACGGCAAUGAAUAUCUCGCGCGAAAAGAAUCAUUACGGCGAAAGAACGCACGCAAUCAUGAUACUAUAUCACUGUGAGACAAACGCGCGUGAUUCACUGUGUAAUCCAAGCGGGGUCAUUUAACAGCAAAAAAAUUGGGGUUGCGUUCCAUCUGUUGAAUUACUGUCAAACAGUUCUAUGAAUCAUCGUACAAUUUCGCUGAACGUGAAUUCUCGGUGAUUCAUAACUUAAUUCGUGAAUUUUAUUUCUCGGAGACAACGUAAUACACUUGGAAAUAAAUGGAAUAAACAGAUUAUCGGGUACCUAUUACUAUGCAUGUUGUUGUAAACCAAGUUGACAGUAAUGUCGUAUUUAUGUAAUAAAUUUUUUAAAACUAAAUAAAUUCCGCAAGCAAUCAUA